AUGAAGAACCCCGAAGACGAGGUUACAGAAAUCGCAAAGCUCGUCACCGAAAACUACCACGACAACUACGUCAAGGAGACGUACUGCGACCUGGUCUUGUCUCUGGUGCUCGAGCAACCUUUCAAGAUCCCCUUUGUCGCUGCCUCGGUCUUGUGCGCCAACAAGGACAAGAGCGACGCUGCCGCCGAGGUGCUGGGUCGCACCACCAUUCUAUUGCAGCGUCACCUCGAUGCUGGCGAAUGGCGCAGUGUCAAGCUGUUGCUACGAUUCCUGGCCUACCUUCAGCCUCUGUUCAGCGAUGAUGGUGUCUUUGGCAUCCUUAACGAGCUCUUCGACCGCGCUGUCGACCUCCAGACUGCAUCGUCCGACGACGCUGUCGGUCUCGAGCUGGUCAAGAUCAUCCUCCUAACCAUCCCCUACGUCCUGGCUGCUCCCGAAACUGGUCUGGAACAGCGCGCUGCGGAGCUGCUGGAAAAGACGGAUAUCGUUGCCUCCACACCGCACGCCCUCGAGGCGCUGGUCGACNCAUACCCAACCGCCGAGGGCGAACAGAAACCCAUGGCGUGCCUCAGUGUGCUCAGCGCAUUGCAGAGCCAGCUCCAGGGUGAAGCCGCCUCGGGUUGGAAGCUCGCAUGCAUCCCCCGCCUCGACCGUGUCACCGCUCCAGCACCAGCUGAGGGAGAGAAUGGCGAGCAGGCUAUGCCCACCAAGCACUCGUUCCCCCAGCUCUCGGUGCCUUCACCUGUCAACCCUGGUCCCAACGCUCUCUUCCCCGAAGUCUGCUUCUCGCUCUUUGCCGACCAAGACGUAGAGUCUGUUCCCNCUACCUCCAACAUUGCCGCAUCACUGCUUCGAGACGCCGUCGCGGAUACUAUCAACAUCCUCGACUUCAACCGCAACGCUGCUGCCAAGUUCCUCAUCGAUGUUGACUGUUACUGGGCCCCCAACACAUUCGUCAAGCGUGCCACCGCUUUCGACAAGCUCAAGGACAUUCCCGAAGGACGCUCCACCUGGAAGCCCGAAGAUCUGGUAGUUGAUGCUGUCUUUUCUCAAAUCCUGCGCCUUCCUACCUCGGAACACAAACUCGUCUACUACCACUCGGUCAUCACCGAGGCAUGCAAAAUCGCCCCUGCUGCUGUCGCCCCCAGUCUGGGUAGAGCCAUCCGUUUCCUCUUCCGCAGCCUCGAUGUCAUGGACCUCGAGCUUCAGUACCGCUACAUGGACUGGUUUGCCCACCAUCUGAGCAAUUUCGAGUUCCGCUGGAAGUGGACUGAAUGGAUUGACGAGCUUGAGCGUUCCGAUCUGGAGCCCAGAAAGGCCUUCAUCGUCGGCUCGCUAGACAAGGAGAUCCGCCUCUCUUUCGCUAAGCGUAUCAGAGAGACUCUUCCCGAGGCAUACGCUCCCCUCAUCUCCGAGGGCAAGAUGAAGGAUACUCCUGACUUCAAGUACCUCAACGAGCAAACUCCCUACUCUCAACAAGGAAAUGCUAUGCAUGCACUGAUUCGCAGAAAGGCUCCUGAAGAAGAGAUCGAACUUGUUAUCAACGAGAUCCAGACCUUGGCCGCCGAACACGGUGUUGAAGACGUUCUUGUGCCUAGUACCGACGCAUACAUGACCAGCAUCUGCUCAGUCGGUAGCAAGUCGCUCUCUCACGUCCUGUCUUGUAUUGAGCGAUGCAAGGAACGUCUUCUUGCAAUCGGUCCUCAGUCUGAGCUUGCGCGUCGUCAAAUCAUCACAUCAGUCAUUGAGUACUGGGCCGACCAUCCGGGCACUGCCGUCAACAUCAUCGACAAACUGCUCAACUACACCAUCAUCACACCCAUGAGCGUGAUCGAGUGGGCACUGCACGAUCACAUGCAGCACGGCCGCGCGCUCGCACAGACUCACAUCUACGAGAUGAUUUCAGCUACCAUGUUCAAGGUCAGCAAUCGCAUGCGCCAGAUCGUACGUGCUCGUGCCGAGGCCGAUCUCUCCGAAGAGCAAAAGAGCUUGCUGGACGAGACACUGGUCCGCGAACGUCAGACUAUGCGUGAUCUCUUCAACGCCAUCAUCGAGGCCGUCUUGACUGUUGCCAACGCAGCUCAAGACGACAUGAUCGAACGUUUCGACGGCGACAGUGCUGAGCAGACUUUGCUGCAGCAGUGGGGUGCUCGCUGGGCUCGUGUCUGGAGACGCAAGAUGGCUGUCGAGGAGGCCAUUGUCAGCGAGGCCGCCAUUGAAGCUGCCGAUGUCGCUAGAGAAGCCGAAAGAAUAAAGGCAGAGGCACAAGCCGCCGAGGCCGCUGCCACUGCUGCCGCCGAGCAAUCUGCUGAUGCCAGCAUGGAGCAAGAAGACCAUGACAUCGCAUAA